AUGAAAAAAAUCCUGAAAAUUCUCUUCUUUUUACUUGGGAUUUUUGCCGACCCGAAAAACUGCCCUGAUCAAGAUUUGGGAGAUUUGUGCAAUAAUCACUGCCAGGGAGAGCUUGAUAUUUGCAGGGAAGACUGUGGAGAUGCCAGUUGCGAGACUACUUGCAAUCGGGAAUUUUUGCUUUGCAUUGAUGAUUGCCCCUGUGGAGAAAAUUGCGAAAACGGCUGCGAAAACUGCCCAAGCUCCUUUUGCGCUUCCACCUGCGACGAUCCUGAAAACAACGAGGACUACUUAGUCUGCAAAGACAAAGUAAAGGGAAAUCUAAGCGGAUGCUUUGACUUCUGCGACAAUUCGAUCGACUGUCAUCUCAACUGCUCGGAAGAGUACACGAAGGAUAUUUACAGAUGUCCCACCGGCUGCCCAGGAUGUGGCGAUUACAAUUGCGAGUCCAACGAAUUCAUCGUUUUUCACCCGGAAGAAUCGUAUCUCCAAAACACCAUUGGUCGAAAAACGCCAGUUCAGUACUCUUUCCCUGACUCUGAUAGUGGAUAUAUCAAGUACGCCGCUGGUGUCUAUUUUCAAGGCCGAUUUCAUGUCUUCGGAGGAUAUAAAGACUCGAAGGCGAUUUUGAUUCUGAACGGCUGUGAUUUUGAAAAGCAAUCUCUUUCGCUUGUCUACAGUCAUCGAUAUACCCAGACUGCGAUUGCUCUUCAAGACGAUUCUAGAGUCCUCCUAUGCUUCUGGUUCGACAGCAACUACAAGCACAAGCGAUGCCAGUACUACGAUGGCCGAACAGUCGGGCUCGAUCUUUACUCGACUCAAGCUGAUCAUCAAAAAGGUUGCGUUGGCUUCUUUGGGGACGACAUCAUUACUCUUGGUUCUGAAGAUUAUGGAAAACAAAACUACGUCGAGAUCAGAAAUAGCGAAAGUUCUGAGUGGAGUCGAACAACUGAUUUUCCCGGCGAAGGUGAUACUGAGGGAAGAUUCUGCCUUGGCGUCUCUGAUGGCUUGAUCACUAUUGGCGGAUAUGAAGUCUUCCUCGGCGGACGAGUCAAUGUUCAUCUUUUCAAGAAUCAAGUUUGGACAAAAAUCGGCGAACUUUUUAUAAGCAUUAUUUCCCCACCGCGAUUUCUUUCGAAAACUACAUUUUCACCGUCGGAGAAGAGUCCAAUGAGCGGUUUUUUCUACGAUGAAGAAGUCGAAGUUGAGAAAAUCGACAUCGACCCAGAAGUUCUCAGUCGCCCGGUUGGAGAUCGAAGAUACUCCCUUAUUCUCGAUGGAAAAUACAACACUUGUUUUUAA